AUGAAUUUUGAACUACCAUCAGAUAUUCAGAGUUUCUUGUCUCGCCUUGACUCAUUCAUCCAUAAAACAAUUCUACCCUUGCAAAAAAGGGACGAUAACGACCGAUUCUUCGAUUAUCGUCGGGAGGCUUCACGAACUCAAUGGCAGAACCAAGGCCUACCAACCGAAGAAUGGGAGCGCUUGUUGCAACAGACCAAGAAACUUGCGGAUAAGGCAGGCUUCUACCGCUUUGCAUCUCCCAAGGAGUUUGGCGGCUCAGGGGAGCCAUCACUGAACCUGUACAUGUGCGCUACCCGGUACCAUCUCUCAUCCAAUCCCGUGUACGGCGGUGGUGUCAGCCUGGCAAACGACCUACAGAGCGAGCAUAGCAUCGUUGGAAAUAUGCCAUUUGUCAUUUUGAUCUAUCACUACGGCACUGAGCAGCAGAAGCAAGAUCUGAUUCCAGCGAGCAUCAACGGAGAAAUGCGAGCUACUUUUGGACUGACGGAGAUCAACCAUGGAUCAGAUGCAACACAUAUGGAGACAACAGCGGAAGCCAUCACUCUUCCCUCGGGUCAAGAGGGCUACAAGAUCAACGGAAACAAGAAAUGGCAGACUGGUAUGCACCAUGCAAACUACUGUGUCGUGUUCGCUAGAACGUCUGGCAAGGUUGGGGAUGCUCGCGGUAUCACAGCAUUCUUGGUACCUCGCAACUCACCUGGCGUCACAGUCGCAUCAUACGAGUGGACCCUCAAUAUGCCAACUGACCACGCCACGGUUCUCUUCAAGGACGUCUUAGUCCCAGCAUCAGCCAUCCUCGGUCCUCGCGAUCACGGCCUAGCCAUCGCUCAAACCUUCACGCACGAGAACAGAAUCAGACAGGCUGCUUCUAGCUGCGGCGCCGCACGAUACUGCAUCCAAAAAAGCGUCGAAUACGCCAACAACCGCAAGGUCUUUGGAAAGCCUCUCUCUAUCAACCAAGCUAUACAGUGGCCUCUCGUUGAGCUGUCAACUCAAGAAGAGAUGCUCAGGCUGCUCAUCUUGCGCACUGCAGUAGAGAUGGAUCAAGUUACGACUCAAGCCAAGGCAGAUGGCAAAGCUCCUUGGGUCGUGAUCGAGAAGAAGCUGGGGCACAAGAUAGAGGGGAGCGAAGAGGUUCAGAUGCGCAAGAUUGCUGCUUAUUUGUUUGGAUAUAAGAAUACUGGUGAGCCAGUGGAAAAGACUGAGGAGCCAAAGCUGUGA